UGCUGAUGCUGAUGCUGAGGGCUCUCCACACGGCGGAUUGUCCUUUUUAGGAUGCGCUGAGAGGAGCGAUGCUGUAGACCGGACUCGAGCACAAACACAAACAGCUGAGGAGAUCACAGGAGUAGGCGACGGCGGUACAGGAGCAUCCUCCUGGCGCUGUUUUGAAUGGGCAGAGGAUUCAUCUUGUGCUGUGGUCCAGUCUGAGUCACUGAGGAGGUAGUUGUGCAUUUGUGCCGCCACAGAUCUCCAGCUCUAGCGCCCUCUCACGACCCCACCUGCAUCAUGGCGGGGGCGUCAGUCAAGGUGGCAGUGAGGGUUCGACCCUUCAACUCCAGAGAGAUUGGGAAGGACAGUAAAUGCAUCAUCCAGAUGUCAGGGAACACGACAACGAUCCUGAAUCCCAAACAACCAAAGGAAAACAAGAGCUUUAACUUCGACUAUUCCUACUGGUCACACACUACACCCGAGGACAUCAACUAUGCGUCGCAAAUGCAAGUGUACAAGGACAUCGGAGAAGAGAUGCUACUUCAUGCCUUUGAAGGCUACAACGUUUGCAUUUUUGCUUACGGCCAGACGGGAGCGGGUAAAAGCUACACCAUGAUGGGACGACAGGAGAAGGACCAACAAGGAAUCAUACCUCUGCUCUGUGAGGACCUUUUCACCAAAAUCAAUGACAGCAAUAAUGAUAACAGCAAGUCUUACUCUGUGGAGGUCAGUUACAUGGAGAUUUACUGUGAGCGUGUGCGUGACCUGCUGACCCCCAAAAACAAAGGGAACCUGCGGGUCAGGGAACACCCCCUGAUGGGACCCUACGUUGAAGAUUUAUCCAAACUGGCUGUGACAUCCUACAAUGACAUCCAGGACCUGAUGGACUCUGGGAACAAAGCUAGGACUGUGGCUGCAACUAACAUGAAUGAGACCAGCAGCCGCUCCCACGCUGUUUUCAACAUCAUCUUCACGCAGAAGAAACACGACAUGGAGACAGAGAACACAUCUGAAAAGGUCAGUAAGAUUAGUCUGGUGGAUUUGGCCGGCAGCGAGAGAGCCGACUCAACUGGAGCUAAGGGAACCAGACUGAAGGAAGGAGCAAACAUCAACAAAUCUUUAACCACACUGGGCAAAGUCAUUUCUGCAUUGGCUGAAGUGGACUCUGUACCAAACAAGAAUAAGAAAAAGAAAAAGGUGGAAAGUUUUAUUCCGUACAGGGAUUCAGUCUUGACGUGGCUACUAAGGGAGAACUUGGGAGGAAACUCUCGCACUGCAAUGGUGGCUGCCCUCAGCCCGGCUGACAUCAACUAUGAUGAAACCCUCAGUACGCUCCGGUACGCUGAUCGUGCCAAACAGAUUCGCUGCAACGCUGUGAUCAACGAGGACCCCAACAACCGACUGGUGCGUGAGCUGAAGGAGGAGGUGGCUCGUCUCAAGGAUCUGCUGUACGCCCAGGGCCUGGGAGACAUCAUAGAGAUGAAAGAAGACAUUGCAUCUCACACACACUGUCCUCUCUCCUCUGUCCGAUCAGCGUAUCGCUGCACCGAUCCAGUCAUCUCCGGUUUGAAAUACAUGUGCGAUUACAAGAACCUUGUAAAUGAUCGCCAGACUGCCAGUCAAAGGGAUGAUCUCUCCACAGUGACCAACGCCAUGACAGGUAUGAGCCCGUCACCGUCACUGUCCGCCCUGUCCAGUCGAGCCGCAUCUAUCAGCAACCUCCACGAUCGAAUCUUCAGCCCUGCCAGUGAGGAGGCCAUCGAGAGACUCAAGGAAACUGAGAAAAUCAUUGCUGAGCUGAAUGAAACUUGGGAGGAGAAGCUGCGCCGAACUGAAGCUAUUCGCAUGGAGAGAGAGGCUCUGCUGGCCGAGCUGGGCGUUGCUAUGAGGGAAGAUGGAGGCACUGUGGGUGUCUUCUCACCUAAGAAGACUCCACAUCUGGUCAACCUGAACGAGGAUCCGCUGAUGUCUGAGUGUCUGCUCUAUUACAUCAAAGACGGCAUCACCAAGGUUGGCCGAGAGAAUGCCAAGACUCGACAAGACAUUGUUCUCAGUGGACAUUUCAUUAAAGACGAACACUGCACAUUCAGCAGCACUGUGGGUCCUCAGGGAGAAGGGUGUGUUGUCCUCGAGCCGUGUGAGGGGUCAGAGACCUAUGUCAACGGGAAGCUGGUGACUUCACCCAUUAUUCUACGAUCAGGGAACCGCAUCAUUAUGGGUAAGAGCCACGUGUUUCGCUUCAACGACCCCGAGCAGGCUCGUCUGGAGAGAGAGAGGACGCCAUGUGCUGAGACCCCUGUGGAGCCCGUGGACUGGGCCUUUGCUCAGAGAGAGCUGCUGGAGAAACAGGGCAUUGAUAUGAAAGUGGAGAUGGAGCAGAGGCUUCAGGAACUGGAGGACCAGUAUCGUAAAGAAAGAGAAGAAGCCAGUAUCCUUCUGGAACAGCAACGAUUGGACUAUGAGAGUAAACUGGAGGCUCUUCAGAAACAAGUGGACUCCCGGUGCCUGGAGUCACCUGAGGAAGAGGAGGAGCCCGAAGAAGAAGUGCCGUGGACGAUGCGUGAGACGGAGCUGGCUCUGUGGGCUUUCAGAAAGUGGCGGUUUUACCAGUUCACGUCCCUCAGAGAUCUGCUUUGGGGCAAUGCCAUUUUCCUGAAAGAGGCUAAUGCUAUCAGUGUGGAGCUAAAGAAGAAGGUGCAGUUCCAGUUUGUCCUCCUGACGGACACUCUUUAUUCUCCGCUGCCUCCUGACCUGUUGCCCCCCUGCGUGGCUCACGAGAGAGAAAGGCGGCCUUUCCCUCAAACUAUUGUCGCUGUUGAAGUGCAAGAUCAGAAAAAUGGAGCCACACACUACUGGACUCUGGAGAAACUCAGGCAGAGGCUGGACCUGAUGAGGGAAAUGUACGACCGUGCUGCAGAGCUUCCCAGCAGUGCUGUGGAGGACUGUGAUCACACCCUGACUGGAGGAGACCCGUUCUACGACCGCUUUCCUUGGUUCCGUCUUGUUGGAAGGGCGUUUGUGUACCUGAGUAACCUGCUCUAUCCAGUGCCCCUGGUGCAUCGCGUGGCCAUCGUGAGUGAGAAAGGCGAGGUGAAAGGUUUCCUCAGAGUAGCUGUCCAGGCCAUCUCAGCCGAUGAGGAGGCUCCUGAUUAUGGCUCUGGUGUGAGGCAGUCAGGAACUGCUAAAAUCUCCUUUGAAGAUAAACAUUUUGAAAAGUUCCAGACUGAGUCGUGCCCUGGCACUCUGUCACACUCCAACACUUCCCAGGAGGAGCUGAGAAUUGUGGAGGGAGAAGGACAAAAUGCUGAGAUGGGGAUCUCUGUGGAUGAAGUCAACAACAACACGUGCGAAGGUGAGACAUCCACUGUGGACGCUCCGAGCACCCCGACCAAGAGUUCAGUUCUUGGUCUGGAUCUUCCUCUGGAUCUCUCUCCAGAAAAGGCUCUGUCACACCUGAAGAUUGGCAGCACCUUCACCUUCAGAGUCACUGUCCUGCAGGCCUCCAGCAUCUCAGCAGAAUAUGCUGACAUCUUCUGCCAGUUCAAUUUCAUCCACCGACAUGAUGAAGCGUUCUCCACCGAGCCGCUGAAGAACACAGGCAGGGGGCCUCCGCUGGGCUUCUACCACGUACAAAAUAUCACGGUGGAGGUGACCAAGUCCUUUGUGGAGUACAUAAAGACUCAGCCCAUUGUCUUUGAGGUGUUUGGUCACUAUCAGAAACAGCCUUUCCCUCCACUCUGCAAAGACCUGAUCAGUCCUCUCAGACCUUCCAGGAGACAGUUCCCUAGGGUGAUGCCUCUAUCCAAACCAGUGCCAGCCACAAAGCUCAACACUCUGACUCGCUCUACUGCUGGACCCUGUCACGCCAAAUAUGACCUCAUGGUCUUCUUUGAAAUCUGUGAGCUGGAGGCCAAUGGAGACUACAUACCUGCUGUUGUUGACCACAGAGGUGGGAUGCCUUGUCAUGGAACAUUCCUCUUACAUCAGGGAAUCCAGAGGAGAAUCACAGUCACCAUCGCUCACGAAACUGGAAAUGACAUUGAGUGGAAAGAAGUGAAGGAGCUGGUCAUUGGUCGCAUUCGAAACACACCCGAGUCUGAUGAGACCAUCAUAGACCCCAACAUCCUCUCCCUCAACAUCCUGACCGCUGGAUAUUUCUGGCCUAAACAUGACGACAACGUCUCCCUGGGAGUAGAUCAUAGAACAUUCUACCGAUUUGAGGCAGCGUGGGACAGUUCCAUGCACAACUCUCUGCUGCUGAACAGGGUCACUCCCUACGGGGAGAAGAUCUACAUCACCCUCUCUGCUUAUUUGGAGAUGGAGAACUGCACACAACCAACAGUGAUCACCAAAGAUUUCUGCAUGGUGUUUUAUUCUCGGGACACCAAGCUGCCGGCCUCCCGCUCCAUCAGAAACCUCUUCAGCACUGGUUGCCUGCGCCCAUCUGAGAGUAACCGUGUCACUGGAGUUUAUGAAAUCACUCUGAGUCACGUCGCUGACAACGGAAGCCCAGGAAUGCAACGCCGCCGCAGGCGUGUGCUGGACACUUCGGUGGCCUACGUCCGUGGAGAGGAGAAUCUGGCCGGAUGGAGACCUCGCAGUGACAGUCUCAUUCUUGACCACCAGUGGGAGCUGGAGAAACUCAGCUUACUGCAGGAGGUGGAGAAGACCAGGCACUACCUGCUGCUGAGGGAGAAGCUGGAGGCCACUCUGCAGGCUGGACAGGAAGCUCUUUACAAGAGCAGUGACCUCAGCGACUUCGCAAAGAGUCCAGUCCUGAGCCCGAGUCCGAGCAGCAGCCCGGCCCCCGAGAGCCCCAACCAGAGGCAGCGGGAGCUGGCUGCCAAGUGCUUGCGUCUGCUGAUGCACACCUUCAAUAGGGAGUACAGCCAGGUGAGCAGCAGUGCCAGUGAGAGCAAGCUCUCUGAGAUGUCUGCAUCUUUGAUGAGAGAAUCGUGUUCGUCAGGACUCAGCACACUCACCCCCUCCUCCACCUGCCCUUCACUGAUCGAGGGACACUUUGACUUCAGGCACACUGAACCAAGUUCAGGAGCGUCCACUCCAGAUCUGGACCCAUUCAGUCCUGUGGACAGAAGGAAGGCCCUCAGAGGAUACAGCUUUGUUCCUGACAUACAGGAGAUCCGUGUCAGCCCCAUUGUAUCAAAGAAAGGCUACUUGCACUUCCUGGAGCCACACACCAGUGGCUGGGUGAAGCGUUACGUGGUGGUGCGUAGGCCCUACGUCUACCUGUACCGUAGUGAGAGGGACAGUGUGGAGAGGGCUGUCAUCAACCUGUCCUCUGCAAAGGUGGAAUACAGCGAGGACAAACAAACUCUACUGAGGACUCCCAACACAUUUGCUGUGUGCACUGAGCAUCGAGGGAUACUGCUGCAGGCCACCAACGACAAAGAGAUGCAUGACUGGCUGUAUGCUUUUAACCCUCUGUUGGCAGGAACCAUCAGGUCUAAGCUCUCUCGAAGAAAGGCGGUCCAGUCGGUUCUGCCAGCUCACAGGAUGUGAGAUGUGAAACAGCGGGUGGAAAACUUAGGAAAGAAAACCAACAAUCUAAACACAUACAAACUCAAAAGCAUUCUUUAACAAACAUUGACCCUAUAAAGGUAUACUUUAAACCAUAUAAAACCUGUUAUAUGACAUCCCUCAGCCUCAGCUCCAAACCCUGACAAACUUUCCCUUCGGUCUUUUUACAAUCGGCACCUCAGUCCCUGCAUGGUGUGCUCCCUCCUGAACAGUUAGGCGCAUAGAACAGUUAAGUACCCAGACAUUUGGAUUCCCUCUGCUUGUUUUCAUAGAGGUUUUCCUAUAGAAGUAGAAAACUGUGAGGUCAGACCACCCCUGUAGGACGUUGUGCAGUAACCCUUUCCUCAUUUCUCAUUUAUCCAAAAUAAGUCGCCAGUGUAAAGCAACCAUUUCCCUAGUGUUUCUAGCUCUUUACGAGAAGGGUGACAAUGAUAAAGCUCACACUGCACGGUCGUCAGUGUAUAGGUGUAUAAAUCCGCUCAUGUGUUAUUUAAAUACUGUACAUGAAGUCAGUGUGGAAUGGCUUGGUUCUCCACAGCGUAGGCUUUCUUUCACCGUGGAGGUCGGAGCAGAGCAACAGAGACGAGUCAUUUUAAGACUAGAGUAGCAUAAAGACAACAAAAAAGUCUGUGUGUUUUUUCCCUGCCUUUAAUGGUAAAACAAAUGAAUCCAGGAGGAAUAACUUGAGUCAUUGCCUUGUUUUCAUGUGAACUUUAACAUAUAACACAAGCUCCUGUGCAUAUACAAAAAAACCCCAAAAAAACCAAACAACUGUAAUCCAUUAUUCCUCCCACACAGCCGCAAAUACAAUACUUGUUUGUUUUUGUUUCUAAAGCACUUUAUUGAGUUGGUUUCAUUUACUUCAUUAUUUUUGACCAAAGCAUUUUAAUGUUUUUUAUUUAUGAAUUAAUUUAUUUAAUGCCUUAUGUGCUUUUGUGUUGUGGGUAAUAUCUCCAAGUUAUUGAAAUACCAUAAAUCUGGCCGACGUUGACCUGUUUGCUUUCUUGUGAAAAGAGGAACAAAAUCUGCCUAAUCUGCUCUUUUAUUUACCCAGAGUUCCUUGUGUGUUUGUUUGGUCAGUAAAUCAAACUCCAGUCUUACAUCAGGGGAUGUUUUUUUUCUCUCAUGCAGAAUAACUUCUUACAAAAAAGCAACUUCCUAAAAUGAAUCAGUUUAAAGUGUGUGAUAAAUAAUUGUGUCGUUCAUCUUCUAAGCACUUAUUGUGUGUGGUACGGGACAGUAGGUUUGAUCAAUGGAAUACAUUUCCUAUGGAGGGUUCUUCUUGUGGCUAAGUGGGGAAUGUAAAAAAAAAAAAAA